CCGAGCCUGGCCAGCAGCAUCGGCAGCCCGCUGGAAGGGGAUAAAAUAUGGAAGAAACGAUAUUAUAGUGGCGGAUCGGGCGUCGGCGGAGAUCAGGAGCGGUAGAUUAUUUAUUUACAUAUUUAUUAAUGUAUUUAUUUUCCCUGCCAGUAAUGGCUAGGGUCCAUUGCUGCGGCUGCUGAGGGGCAGGUGCAAUAUCAUCGACGAAGGCAUUUCGUUCCUCGGCAUGGACUCAACGAGGGCCGAUCCACAGGCUGGCCCACUCCACAUCCACUGCUCCCCGGAUCAGAUGCUCUGUGCGGGAGGAGAGAAAUAGCUGGGCCGCGUCUGGAGGCGAUACAACGGGCUGGUGGUGGAGGAGGAGGGGGCCCUCUUUACAUCAAAAUAUUAGAGCCAGUAUUUUCAGUACCGAGCUCAAGGUUACGCGCACACAACAGCCAGUCUUCGUCCAGUAAAUCCGUGCUGCUGCAAAAUGGCAUAAGUGUUUUUUUAUUUGAGGAAAGACUGUGAUUGAAUGCCCCCCUUCUCUUUGCGCUGAGUGGAUCCAAACCCUGUGACAGUCUCGCCUUAAAGGCCUGAAAAACUGUUGAGCGCAGCCUCCUCAUCUGGAAAACAGACGCCGGCUCCAGCUGCCAAGAUGAUGGAGCUGCAGAUAGACGAGGUGGUCUACCAGGACGACUACGGCUCCGGCUCCGUCAUGUCGGAGCGGGUGUCGGGCCUGGCCAACAGCAUUUACCGGGAGUUCGAGCGGCUGAUCCGCAGCUAUGACGAGGAGGUGGUGAAGGAGCUGAUGCCGCUCGUGGUGAACGUCCUGGAGAACCUGGACGCGGUGUUGACAGAGAACCAGGAGCACGAAGUGGAGCUGGAGCUGCUGAAGGAGGACAACGAGCAGCUCAUCACCCAGUACGAAAGGGAGAAAGCGCUGCGCAAGCAGGCGGAGGAGAAAUUCAUUGAAUUUGAAGAUGCGCUGGAAGCUGAGAAGAAGGACCUGCAGAUACAGGUGGAGUUUCUGGAGCUGCAGGGGAAACAACUGGAGCUCAAGACAAAGAACUAUUCUGACCAGAUCACUCGGUUGGAGGAGCGAGAAUCAGACAUGAAGAAAGAAUAUAACGCUCUGCACCAGCGCCACACUGAGAUGAUUCAGACAUACGUCGAGCACAUAGAGCGGUCCAAAAUGCAGCAGGCAGGCAGCAACAGCCAAUCAGAAGGCACCGGCUGUGGACGAACUCAACGCCACACAUGGAGGAAAAGCAAAGCGGAGCGCCCGCCAUCGUUGAGCCUGUACCCCAGCGGCGAGGUCAUGGUACGUGGGGGUCUCGGGGGGGCUAGGAUGAUGCCCGGGAAAGACAUCUGGCAGGAGGAUGGAUCAGAGUCUGACUCAGUGGCGGCCACACCCAGCAGCACAGGAAGCAAGUCCAACACACCCACCUCCUCCGUCCCCUCCGCCACCGUCACCCCUAUCAACGAGGGCUUCCUCCCACAAUCCGAGUUUGAAGUGCUGCAGCCUGUGAACCACAGGAAAAGUACCAAGCGGCUCAGCCGGAAUAUGGAGGUGCAAGUUUCCCAGGAAACCAGGAAUGUUAGCAUCGGCAUGGGAAGCAGCGAUGAGUGGUCUGAGUUUCAGGAGAUCAUUGAUUCUACUCCUGAGCUGGACAUGUGUGUAGACCCCCGUGUGUACGGAGGAGGAAACAGCCCCUCCCAGGGCAUCGUGAAUGAGGCCUUCGGCAUCAACACUGACUCUCUCUAUCACGAGAUCAAAGACGCUAAGUCGGACAUCAUUGGAGAUGUAGAUGCAGGCGCCGAGCUGCUAGGCGAGUUCUCAGUCCGUGAUGAUUUCUUCGGGAUGGGCAAGGAGGUGGAGAACCUGCUGACUGAGAACAAACAGCUCUUAGAGACCAAAAACGCUCUCAACAUUGUGAAAAAUGACCUUAUUGCCAAAGUGGACGAGCUGUCGGGGGAACAGGAGGUGCUCAGGGAGGAGCUGGAGGCUGUGAGGCAGUCCAAGAACAAGGUAGACGCCAAAGUCAAGGAGCUGGAAGAAGAACUCAAGAGGUUAAGAGCAGAGGCUCUCUUUGCGUCUCGAGACUCCAAGGAUGAAGGAGGUGAUGAUUUUUCAUCACCCAUGCAGGAUGGCGACAUGACGAUGACACAACGGCGGCGCUUCACGCGGGUGGAGAUGGCGCGUGUGCUGAUGGAGAGGAAUCAGUACAAAGAGAGACUGAUGGAGCUGCAGGAGGCCGUACGGUGGACGGAAAUGAUCAGGGCGUCCCGGGAGAGUCCUCCAAUCCAAGAGAAAAAGAAGUCGACCAUCUGGCAGUUCUUUGCACGUCUCUUCAGCUCAUCGUCCAGCCCUCCGCCUGUCAAGCGGUCGUACCACAGCGUCAACAUCCACUACAAGUCUCCCUCGCCCGCUGGUUUCUCUCAGCGACGCAGCCACACCAUGUGUCAGAUCUCCACCUCCAACCGCACAUUGGAGUUCUUCCCUGAAGAACUGGCCAGUAACGGUGUUGCGUCUCUCCUCAGUGACUCGGCACUUCUGGCCCGCCGAGAGCAACGGCGGGAACAGUACCGGCAGGUCCGCGAGCACAUGCGCCGCGAUGAUGGCAUCAUGCAGGCCUGCGGCUGGAGUGUGCCGUCUCGCUUCAAACAGACUGGUGGUCAGACGGACAGCGCUCAGGACAGCCCGCUGAAGAGACAACAGACCACCAAUGAAAAAGAGGAUAACCGCAUGAAGAAUGUUCCCGUCCCUGUGUACUGUCGCCCUCUGGUAGAGAAGGACCCCAACAGGAAGCUGUGGUGUGCAGCAGGAGUGGACCUGACAGGAUGGAGGGCCAGCAGCCAGGAGUCGCUACCAGCCAAAGUGCUGUCAGGCAGCAGCGACCCCCUGCAUGCUGAGGAAGACGGAGCUGAGAAGAAGAACAGCCACACCUCCCCAGAGAAGAGGAAGUCAAAGGAGCUCCAAGAGACAGACACCAUGAGCAGUCGAGUGUGGAUACUCACCAGCACCCACUCUGCCAGCAAGGUGGUCAUCAUCGACGCCAACCAGCCGGGCUCACUGGUCGACCAGUUCAACGUCUGCAAUGCCCACGUGCUCUGCAUCUCCAGUGUGCCAGGUAAGACAGAGAGUGCACCUCCGAGCCCCAGAGAAACAUUUUUAGCUGCCAGUGAGAGCGACUAUCCAGCAGGAGAGAUCGUGUUGGAUCCAGGGGAUGGAGGUGCAGGGGGAGGCGAGGACACUGGUGGUGUGGAGGGCAUGUUGGCAGGUAUCACUCUCGUAGGCUGCGCCACCAACUGCAGCGUUGCUCGUAGCAACUGCUCCUCACGCACUGACACCCCCAUAAUGGACAAAGGUCAAGCCCCCACUGCUCCCCCCAUGCAUGCGAAGAUUCACCCUGCACAGUCGGCUGAGGAAGCCACAGAGGCCACCGAGGUUCCUGAGUCAACAGCCAGCCACAUAGAAAUGGGAUCUGGACCUCCAGGACCGUUUACUGAGCACGUCUUCACCGAUCCCCAGCCUCGUCACGCAGACGCCUCUGACAGAAAUGCAGGUCAGUCCAAAGAGGAAACGUCUCAGCCUCCAGAUUCAGAGGACGGAAGUGAAGAGGCCAAAAACUACACGAGUGUGGCCCCCACCAUGUGGCUCGGGGCCCAGAACGGCUGGCUCUAUGUCCACUCGGCUGUGGGAAACUGGAAGAAGUGUCUCCACUCCAUCAAACUCAAAGACUCGGUGCUCAGUCUGGUGCACGUGAAAGGUCGUGUGCUGGUUGCCCUCGCUGAUGGGACCCUCGCCAUUUUCCAUAGAUCAGAGGAUGGCCAGUGGGAUUUGUCCAACUACCACCUAAUGGACCUCGGUCGGCCUCAUCACUCCAUUCGCUGCAUGGCUGUCGUCCACGACAAGGUGUGGUGCGGCUACAAGAACAAGAUCCACGUCAUCCAGCCCAAGAGCAUGCAGAUCGAGAAGUCCUUCGACGCCCACCCUCGCAGGGAAAGCCAGGUGCGGCAGCUGGCAUGGAUCGGUGAUGGAGUGUGGGUGUCGAUCCGGCUUGACUCGACCCUACGUCUCUACCAUGCUCAUACACAUCAGCACCUCCAGGAUGUGGACAUUGAGCCAUAUGUCAGCAAGAUGCUGGGAACUGGCAAACUGGGAUUCUCUUUUGUGCGAAUCACAGCACUUUUGAUUGGUGGAAAUCGUCUUUGGGUUGGAACUGGAAACGGUGUGAUCAUCUCCAUCCCACUGACAGAAACGGUGGUCCUUCACCGGGGACAGCUCCUGGGUUUGAGGGCCAAUAAGGUGUCUCCGACAUCCUCCGGCGGAGUAAUCCACGUGUACGGUGACGACGGCUCUGAGAAGAGCAGCGGCAGCUUCAUCCCCUACUGCUCCAUGGCACAGGCCCAGCUCUGUUUUCAUGGACACCGAGAUGCUGUCAAGUUCUUCGUCUCUGUACCCGGUACUCACAACGUCUGCAAUGUUCUGGCCACCCUAAACGGCAGCGUGCUGGACAGUCCAUCAGAGGGGCAGGGCUCCACAGCGCCCCCAGAGACGGAGGCCCAGAGUGUUCACAACGUGCUGGUGCUGAGUGGAGGAGAGGGCUACAUUGACUUCCGUAUAGGGGACGGAGAGGACGAUGAGACAGAGGAAGGAGAGAGCGGUGGGGCUUCGCAAAUGAAACCUGCGUUGUGCAAAGCUGAGCGGAGCCACAUCAUCGUCUGGCAGGUGUCUUACGUGCCUGAGUGACACCUGGAUCUGCUUUAAUGCCCCACCCACCUCCUUAAAGAAACCUCUUCCUCCUGCACCCAAAAGCUUCCAGCCACCUAAACCUUGUAAUUAUCCCUGGUCAAGUAAAAGUUCCCCCUUGGCUCUAAAAUGACCCUCCAAGCUGUGUUUCGUCCCUUAUAACUAUUAUAUCCCCUCCUGCCCCGUCACCUUGUAACUUUAAUGCCUUGUAAGUACCUCCUCUGAUCUAGUAAUCUGCCUGCCAUCCUGUCUGUCCCACCCAGGGCAUUGUAACUAUCUUCAUGAGCCUUGUAACCCAGCCUCAUAACUACCUCCCUCCUCUGUAUCGAUCUUAUAUUCACCCUGUAAGCACACUGUAUCUUCUCCUAUAUUUACCUCAACUGUCCUGCAUCUGCCCCACAGUUACUCCUCCUCUUCCUCCAUUUAGUUUGUCAUCUGUGAAGCCUCCACCUUGUCUUAAAGCAAAGCCCAGAGCCCCAACAUGCAACACUUGUACCAAAAAAAAAAAAGUGAAUGACAACACUGACUUGCAUUUGCACCAGAUAUUUAUCUGAUUUUUCUAACAACCAAUCAGCAAUCCAUAACCAUUUAUGGCAUGACAUGGACCCUGAUUGUUCACAGAUAUUAAGAUAUUGGGAGUUUGUGGAUGCAGAUGUCAGGUGCUAUGACACCAUACAGAAAUGCUGUUUUGGCUUUCAGCUUGUAGCAGAUGGUUAACGUUGUUGUGGAAAUUUUGAGGGUAAGUGAAAAUAAGUCAACAUGGAACAAGUGGAAAGUUAAAAUUACUACAUGUCAAAUUCAGCUUGAAAGUCUGGGUUCUUUGGGUUGGUACCCCAAAUAUUUUGCACCCCCCAUCUUGCCUCUAUUUUAAAAUGUCCUGGUUAAGGACAUUUUGCAUCAGUGUGGUUACUGACCUCAAAGUGAGAGGAAAUAUCUGGUGUACGUGCAGCAGCCUGAUGUAAAUCAAAGGUCAGAGGACUCAGUUCGGUGAGGUCAGAACAUGUCAACAUGUUUAAAUCAUGUGAGCGAGGUUGAGGGUUUGAGUUUAACUUGUCAGUAGUUCGGUCCGAAACUCAUUUCUCUCAUCUGACUGGCUGUCGAUCGGACGGUUUGGUGUAAAGCAGGUGAACGGUGGCAUGUUGUCAGUAUGUGUACAGGCAUUAUUGUAAAUCUCCAGACACACUGAAGCCCAUCCUCUUUGUUCAGUAUGGAAAUUCAUGCAUUGAUCUCUAUCUGUGUGGAUUAAAUAUUAAACAUAUUUGUGUGCUGAAAGUUAAGUUGACGUGUGGUGCAUGUCUCUCACUUUGCAAGACACUGAAACAUAAUAAACAGCAUAUU